UAGUGCAUAUAGGAAUAAAAUACUAGUUUUAUUGCCAUUAAUAUUUGAAAAAUAUCAUUGAGAAAAUGUUGUCAAUAUUAUUAUGCGCGCUAUUUUUUGCUUCGACGCUUGGCAAUGAAACUUUGUCGAAACACCAUCAAGUUAAGAAUCGUCGAUUUUACAUAGAUUAUGAUAAAAAUACAUUCAUGAUGGAUGACAAACCAUUUCGAUACAUAGCAGGUUCAUUACAUUAUUUUCGGGUACAUCCGCAACAAUGGAAAGACCGUUUGGAAAAGCUAAAAGCAGCAGGUUUAAAUGCCGUUGAUACAUAUGUUGAGUGGUCACUUCACAAUUUUGAUGAAGGAAAAUAUUGGUGGGGCAGCAACGCCGAUUUGGAGAAAUUUAUUAAAACUGCAGAAGAAGUAGGAUUGUAUGUAAUUUUGAGACCAGGGCCAUACAUUUGCGCUGAACGUGAUUUUGGAGGCCAACCUUAUUGGAUCUUAUCACACCCAGAAAAAGAUAUUAAACCGAGGACAACUGAUUUUCGUUAUAUGGAAGCAGCACGAGAUUGGAUACAAGAAUUAUUUAAAAAAAUACGACCUUAUUUAUAUGGUAACGGUGGCCCAAUUAUAAUGGUGCAGGUCGAAAAUGAAUACGGAAGUUUUGGUUGUGAUCCAAAUUAUCAAAACUUUAUGUAUGGUUUAUUUAAAGAUGUAGUAGAAGAUAAUGCUGUUCUUUUUACUACUGAUGGAUAUUGGGAUGAUAUGCCUAUAUGUGGUCGUAUGGGACAAGCUUAUGCUACUGUGGACUUUGGACCUGGUGAUGAUGUAGAAGAAGCCUGGAAAGUGAUGAGAAAGGUCAGCCCCAAAGGACCAUUGGUCAAUUCUGAAUACUACACAGGAUGGCUAACGCACUGGGGCGAAAAACCAGCAAAAGUCUCACCAUCAGAUGUUGCAAAAACUUUGAGAAAGAUUUUGGCACAAAAUGCCAGUGUCAGUAUGUAUAUGUUUGCAGGCGGUACUAACUUUGAAUACUCUAAUGGAGCAAACUUUGAAAAUGACACAUAUUUACCACAGAUAACAUCAUAUGAUUAUGAUGCUCCUUUGAACGAAGCUGGUGAUCCGACGCCCAAAUAUAUGGCAAUCAAGGAAGUUAUUAGUGAGUUUGUGGAUAUACCAGAUGUGAAACCAGUAACAAUUGCGCCAAAAGGAAAAUAUGGUACAUUCAAAUUGAAACCAGGAUUUUCAUUAUUCGAUAAAAAACAUCAUUUAAUGUUUGAGCAUCCCCUGCAUGACGUUGAACCGUUGACAUUUGAGCAUUUGUACCAAGCAUCUGGUUUCAUCAUUUAUUUUACUUUUCUGAAUGAAGAUAUGACUGGUCAAUUUUCAGCUCCAAAUCUUAAGGACAGGGCACUGAUAUAUGUGGAUGAAGUUUAUAAAGGGACUUUAGACAGGCGCUUGAAACAAUUUUCGCUGCAAAUGAGUGCCAAGAAAGGAGCUGAAUUGAAAAUAAUCGUCGAAAAUCUAGGACGAAUCAAUUACGGACCUAUAGCAGCAGAAUAUAAAGGUUUGAAUGAAGGUGUUGAAUGGGGAGGUAAAACUUUUACAAGUUGGUAUCAUCACCAAGUUCCAGCAACGGAAUUUCGCAGUAUUGAAGAUCAUGAAUUGGGCAUAGGAGACAGAGUAGCAACCCGAAAUUUAACCAAUGGGCCAAUUAUGUAUGGAACCGAAUUUGAGUUACCCAAAGGCGUUGAUGGAAUUGUUAGAGAUACAUUUCUUGAUAUGACAAAUUGGGGAAAGGGUGUUGCAUGGAUAAAUGGAAUAAACGUGGGACGUUAUUGGCCUUCUGUGGGUCCACAAAUUACAUUAUAUGUACCUAAAUAUUUCCUAAAACCUGAGAAAAAUCGCAUAGAUAUUUUGGAACUAGAAUAUGCUAAUCCAGAUCUUACUAUAACAUUCGCUGAUGCUCAUAAGUUUAGUACUAACAUUGCUAGUUUUUCAAAAGCAUGUGUUUCUUCUAUUAUAUGUGUAUUGUUAAUUAGUUUGAAAUUAAUUUAA